GAUGCUUCGCGAGCUGCUGUGUUUGGGAAUUCUGUUGGCCAUCCUAGUGGGAUUUAGCCACGGCGAGUGCAAUGCCUGCUCGGUGGACAGCAAAACCGCCUGUGUAUCCAGAAAUCAGUACCAAAACUGCACGUUGGACAAUAUUCCCACGGGGCCAAUCUACACUUGUCCAAACAAGACAAACUGCACUGGAUCUGUGGAGCGGUGCACUUCAAAUGAGACUCUAUUCUCCUGCAAUGACUGCAAUAAGUGUGAUGGAACUCAAAAUUUCACCUGUACAAGUCCCAGCACUUUUGCACUUUGUGACGGUGUGAGUGUCGUAAACAUCGAGUACUCGUGUUCAUUGGGGCAGGUGUGUAAUAUCAACAACAGGAACUACUGUGCACCCCCUUUAAAUGGUACAGGCGCCACGUGUCCGUAUUACAAUAGUACCACUGUAAUUGGAGACUUUUGCAACACUAAGUCCUCAAUGGGUCGCUAUCCAGAUCCCAGUGAUUCAAGCUGCCUCAGAUAUAUCUAUUGCUUCCGUAAGGGUUCUACAUGGACUGGAAAUACCUGGCAGUGUCCUUUAGCUAAACCCUAUUUUAGUAGCAUUACUUUCAAUUGCGUCACUACAAAACCUUCGAAUUGUGUAUAAAAAUUUGUUGGAAAAAUACAUAUACAAUCUUUUAAUAAAAGCCUUGGAAAGAGCAUAAAAUCGUUU